AAACGAUUAAAAACUAAUAAAUGUUUAUGGACAACUAAAUGCCACCGUGCACGAACGAGAUAGCUCCAGUAAACAUUAACCAAUUACUGUGAUCCUUCCGGAGCAUGAGCAUCAUGUUUUCGAGUAUAAGGAAUACUUCGGAAGCUGUAGCGGCUCUCGCUUCACUGGGACUGGGAUUUGUUCUGAUUAUAUUCGUUUCUACGACGCCAACUGUGAUUGACGCCACCCAGUCAGGGAUCUAUAUAGACAAUGGCAAAGAUCAGACGAUCAUGCACCGCGUGCUAAGCGACGAUGACAAGCUGGAUGUUUCGUACGAGAUCCUAGAGUUCCUGGGCAUAGCCGAGCGUCCUACCCACCACAGCAGCCAUCCGCUGUCCUUGAGAAAGUCUGCACCGAAAUUCUUGCUAGACGUCUACCACCGCAUCACGGAAGAGGAAGGCCUGGGAGGCGGCCAUACCGACGAUGAAACUGUGCACAGCCAUCGCUCAAAGCGCAACGCCGACAUGUCCGAUGAAAGAAACGCAGAUGGAGAGGAAAAUUUCAUUACGGACCUCGACAAGCGCGCCAUUGAUGAGAGCGAUAUUAUAAUGACUUUUUUGAACAAACGCAAUCACAACGUGGAGGAACUACGUCACGAACACGGCCGCCGUCUGUGGUUCGACGUCUCCAAGGUGCCGAGCGACAACUAUCUGGUGAUGGCGGAGUUGCGUAUCUACCAGAACUCCAACGAAGGCAAAUGGCUCACAGCGAACAAGCAAUUCACGAUCACUGUGUACUCCAUGGGACUGGGAGAGUCGGGUCAGAAUACGAUGGAAGCACUGUCCUCGGUGAAUACCACUGGCGACUACGUCGGCUGGCUGGAACUGAACGUGACUGAGGGCCUGCACGAGUGGCUGGUACAUUCCAAGGAGAACCACGGCAUAUAUAUCGGGGCACACGCUGUUAACCGACCCGAUCGAGAAGUCAAACUGGACGACGUUGGACUGAUCCAUCGCAAAGUGGAUGACGAAUACCAGCCAUUUAUGAUUGGAUUCUUUAGGGGGCCCGAACUGAUCAAAACUACAUCGCACAGUAGUCACCACAGAAGCAAGCGAAGCACGCUUCAUCAGCGCAAGAAAAAGAAGUCGGUGCCAGUGCAUCCCUUUUUGGAUGUACCCAUCGAGAAUACACGCAGCUGUCAGAUGCAGACCCUCUACAUCGACUUCAAGGAUUUGGGCUGGCACGAUUGGAUAAUCGCCCCAGAGGGCUAUGGGGCGUUCUAUUGCAGCGGAGAAUGCAAUUUCCCUCUCAACGCACACAUGAAUGCCACCAAUCAUGCCAUUGUGCAGACACUGGUGCAUCUGCUGGAGCCCAAGAAGGUGCCAAAGCCUUGCUGUGCCCCGACGAGGCUGGGGGCCUUGCCUGUGCUGUAUCAUCUCAAUGAUGAGAAUGUCAACCUCAAGAAGUAUAGAAAUAUGAUUGUGAAAUCCUGCGGGUGCCAUUGAAUCCAAUUUGUAAUCUAAUCUAAGCAUUUUAAAGCAUUUCUGUGUAGAUGUCCGUACUAAUCUCGAAUAUUUUUAUAGAAAUAUUAAACGCAGUGCCUAACUAA